CUCCGUUGGUAUUUAUGGAGUCAACUGUAACAAGAACUGUAACUCUCGCCACUGCAGUGGUUCACCGGACUCGUGUGAUUCCAUGACCGGGGCGUGUUCAAGUGGACAGUGCCAGACAGGAUGGGCAGGAACAGACUGUGCAGCGUGCUCCGUUGGCAUUUAUGGAGUCAACUGUAACAAGAACUGUAACUCUCGCCACUGCAGUGGUUCACCGGACUCGUGUGAUUCCAUGACCGGGGCGUGUUCAAGUGGACAGUGCCAGACAGGAUGGGCAGGAACAGACUGUGCAGCGUGCUCCGUUGGCAUUUAUGGAGUCAACUGUAACAAGAACUGUAACUCUCGCCACUGCAGUGGUUCACCGGACUCGUGUGAUUCCAUGACCGGGUUGUGUUCAAGUGGACAGUGCCAGACAGGAUGGGCAGGAACAGACUGUGCAGCGUGCUCCGUUGGCAUUUAUGGAGUCAACUGUAACAAGAACUGUAACUCUCGCCGCUGCAGUGGUUCACCGGACUCGUGUGAUUCCAUGACCGGGGCGUGUCCAGGUGGACAGUGCCAGACAGGAUGGGCAGGAACAGACUGUGCAGCGUGCUCCGUUGGCAUUUAUGGAGUCAACUGUAACAAGAACUGUAACUCUCGCCACUGCAGUGGUUCACCGGACUCGUGUGAUUCCAUGACCGGGGCGUGUUCAAGUGGACAGUGCCAGACAGGAUGGGCAGGAACAGACUGUGCAGGCUGUGACAAUGGGAAAUUCGGGUUGAACUGUGAGAGUGACUGCGGUCACUGUAACGGGACAUGCGAUGGUGUUGACGGAAGAUGUCUCUGGGGAUGUACUGAGGGAUACAAUGGUUCUCACUGCUCUGUAAAAUUCAGCUGUGACAAUGGGAAAUUCGGGUUGAACUGUGAGAGUGACUGCGGCCACUGUAACGGGACAUGCGAUGGUGUUGACGGAAGAUGUCUCUGGGGAUGUACUGAGGGAUACAAUGGUUCUCGCUGCUCUGUAAAAUUCACUCGUCUUAAUGGAAAAGACACACCAGAAUUUCCUGGAUCAGCUGUAGUGGGGACAGUCGCAGGAGUAUUUGUUGCCAUCAUAAUCGUGGUUGUUGUUGUCGUUGUCAUAAGGAGGAGGCAGAGGUUUCUUGACAGCAACAGCAAUGAGCAAAUUGCAGAGUUUCACCCUAAAGCACAAGAGGACGGCACUUAUGAAAACGUAACUCUAGAUGACAGGAAUGCAGUUAAUCAGAAACCACUGAUAAAGCCCAAACCUGCCACACAGGCCUCGUCAGAUAAACAGCAUAAAUCUAAUGACAAAGAUCAGGAGGAAGAAGACUUUGAUGAAGACGUUCAAUCUCCUGAAAGCUGUUACUACAACGCAGACGCCGAUGCCGCCAUAAGAGACGUCGCUGUGUCAGAACUAGCUGCGACGGUUGCAACACUUAAGGACAGAACAGAUGGAUUUGAAAAAGAAUAUCACCGACUACCGACUGGAUUCACGGCGCCCUAUCGAGAUUCCCAGAAACCCGAGAACAAUGGCAAAAACAAGUUCAGAGGCUACUACCCCUACGACCAUAACCGAGUCCGCCUGGCAUCGUUCCCAGACACUCCCGGGUCUGACUACAUCAACGCAAGUCUCAUGCACAGCUACAACCAGAGGAAGACAUACAUUGCAUCUCAAGCUCCCAACAAGAAGACAGUGGGAGACUUCUGGAGAAUGAUCUGGGAACAGUCCUGCAGCCAUGUAGUCAUGUUGACUGGUCUGAUGGAGGAGUGUAGGAUCAAAUGUGAACGAUACUGGCCGACAGGUGGCGUCAUGGACAUUGGUCUCUUCAAAAUAGAGGUGGAAGUAACACAAAGCCGCGCGAACUUCACAACGAGACACAUGAAAGUCACGUCCAACACAACUGGAGAGUGUCGGUCAGUUGUCCAAUUCCACUUCACAUCCUGGCCUGACCACGGUGUUCCGGACACUCUCGCUCUCGUCAACUACAUCUGGCUGGUCAGAGAGACAGUUGCAGAGACAGAUGGACCUCUGCUUGUCCACUGCAGCGCGGGUAUUGGACGUACAGGCACAUACAUCGCUGUGGACUCCCUGCUUGACCAAGCUCGGGGGGAAGGGGUGGUGGAUGUUCUGGGGUACGUGUCCGUCAUGAGGGGACAGAGGAAGAACAUGAUACAAACUCCGGCACAGUACGAGUGUGUCUUCCUCAGUCUGGUGGAGAUGACGAAAUAUGGCUGCACCAGCAUGGACGUCUCCAACUACACUAACAGCUACAGCUGCAGUGGCAUGGACACCACCAUGGACGGCAAGACUUUCAGACAAAUGUCAGAGAUACUGGAAUCAGAGGCGCGAGAAGAUGCUCCGACCCGACACAGAAUGUGGGUGGACGGUAACCCUGACUUCAUUGUCCGUGUAGGACCGUCACUGACGUGUCUAAGGGGGUACCUGCAAGCCACUGCUCCGCCGCCGGGAUUGGUAAAGUUGUUAUGGAAACUGGUAGAAGAGAACGAUGUCCACAACAUCAUCGUCGUCACUCCAGAUAUGGGGCUUGUGCAAGCAGAGGGCAGGUCAAAGACGCACGGGGAGAUUACUGUGACAACAACGAGUCAAACCAGCCUGUCGACAGACCUCACCAUGAACAACUUGCAGCUAGCUACAAAAGCAGGCAGACCACGGCAAGUGAAGAUGGUCGACGUUAAUGCAAACUUAACUAUGGAAGUUAUGACAUCGCACUUGUUGAACCACGCUCAACUGCAAGAAACAUCAACUCAACCCCACCCUGUUGUUAUUGUUCACAGUGAAAAUGACCAAAAGCUUGCUGUCUCAUUCUGCAUUAUGGGUAAUAUUCUGUCCGGUAUUCGUGAGGACACUCGUGUUGACGUCAUCGGUCACAUGAGGACAUUCCUCAGAUGUUGCCCUGACCUGCAGUUCACCCAGAGUGAUGUGCAGAUGUUUCAUGACUUCGCCCAGCAGUGUAUUCUGAGAACGGACCCGGCAAAUACCUAUGCCAACACCUGAACUUUACACCACACUGUCUCAAUGGACCACAUAACAACAGCACACAUGGUCCUAACUAAUGACCAAACAGUGCGCUAACACCGAUGCCGAUUUACGAACGUUCUAUUAGUCUAAAUAUGCGUAUAUAGCUUCCGACUCACAGACAGUAGGAUUAUGUGAUAUAUAUAUAUAUAGUAUUAUUAUAACAAUUAUUACUGCAGUGACAGUGCCUUGAAAGGAAUCAAAGGAAUGGAUUGCCAGUGAUGUCACGGAGACUAGUAUAUACAGACUCUACAAGAAAUCGAUGCUCUGUACAUGUAUGAUAACAUUUGUUUUCGCAUUUUGACUGGCAGCAUAUUUAAUAUGAGUUGAGAAUAAUGGACUUCUUAUUUAGACAGAAACUCAUCUACCUAUGCAAAACCAUUAACCUAUGUGUAUUACUGCUAAUUGUCUAUAUUGUUUCUUAAGUUGUGUAUUAUUUGUAUGUGUCAUUAUCAUAAUGCAUUCUUACAAUGUUACCAUGCAACAAAUGUUUGAUUUCUUAUUUGUCUUGUUUAACUGCAAACUAUACCACCUCUUAUCACAUGAAGCUGUUAUCACUUAAUCAAAUCUCACGGACACAAUAGGGAGACGAGUAGUCUUAGGCAUGAACAUCCUGUUUUUUUACGACACGGCGCUCAGUGACUAAAGGUCAAACGGCAAGAGCUGACGCUUCAGUGACAAAAUGAUGUGUGUUGCAAUUCCCAAUUUUGACUUGUAUCACAUAUUCCAUAAUUAUUUGUGUGAACUCUUAGCUUGGCUUUACAUGUGUAUGUGACCAGUGCCACUUUUGAAACACCUGGUUUCAUCACGAUUUGAUUGUGAUUCAUAAACACAUGCCUAUGAUACAACUUAAAAACUUAGUUUAAAACGAACUCUGUCCAUAAAUAAUACGACUCCAAAGCAUGGUAUCUAAUGAAAGAAUAUCACCUUUUAAGAAUCCAUAUACAAUUUAAUGGAAUCCAUAAUUUUAUAUAGAUGCGUACUUCUUUCACAGGAUUUCACAUAAUUUCGUACUAGUUCCACUGAAUUGCACAUACAACCGUACUAGUUCCACGGAAUUGCACAUACAACCGUAAUAGUUCCACUGAAUUGCACACACAACCGUACUUGUUCCACUGAAUUGCACAUACAACCGUACCGGUUCCACUGAAUUGCACAUACAACCGUACUCGUUCUAGAGAAUUGCACAUACAACCGUACCAGUUCCACUGAAUUGCAUAUAUAUUCGUAUUAGUCCUACCGAAUUGCACAUAGAUUCGUACCAGUUCCACAGAAGUGCACAUUCAUUCGUACUACUUCCACAGAGUUGCACAUACAAACGUACUUGUAGCUACACACUUUGUCAAUAUAAAGUCAUGAACAGUAUGCUGUAAAGGAGUACCAACAAGACCAUCAUCUAAAUUUGAACAAAAUAUUUUGUCGCAGGCUAUUAUAAAUGUUAUAAAGUAACUGUUCAUCAACAUUGAUGUAUAUAAGUGCACAUUUUGACGCCGACAUCAUUAUACUGUCUCGAUUGGUUAUCAACAUUUUUAACAAAGUUGCAUUAGGUAAAAUAAAACGCCCUGCAAAUGUAUAUAUGUAUCAUACAUGUAUAUAAUGUAUGCACAUCGUAUUUGUACGUUAUUUAUGCACAUCGCUAAUGUACGUCUAUACGUCAUAUAAGCACAACAUCAAUGACAUACUUCAUGGAUGCGCAUAGUGGAUGUACGUAUAGAUGUGGGCAUAAGCAGCACCUCCCCCACCCCAACCACCCACCCCCCAUCCCCAUCCCUCCGAACCCCUUAGCUCAAGCCUGUAAACUUACCAGAUGUUUUGUUUAGGUGAAGUUUGCCUCUCCUUCCCGAUUACCAGUAAGAUAUCCGAUAUACGAAAGAUUGCAAUAUUCCGGAGGAAGAUGUGUAAAGGUUUGUUUUAGCUGGUUAAUCUUUAAGCUGGUUAAUGUUAAGAUGUCAAAAUGAGUCUGUGCUGAUAUUGAAACCAAAAUAUGAUUUAAAUAUCAUCACUAUCAAAUCGUUCUAUUUUCUUUGAUAAAUUCUGUUUUUGUGUGCUUUGCCAAAAAAGAUUGUUUGAUUUGUAAAUGUGACGUAUAGUUCACUGGAUAUAUA